AAUAAAAAUAUCUCAUCCAACAUAUAGAGAAAAGAGUUUGAAGAGACUAAAAAACAUAUUAAUGGAAAACUCUUAUCCAGUAGGACUACUUAAUAAAUUAAUUUUUAGUACUGCUACCUCUCCAGCUUCCAUCACAUUGAUUGACAAUACCAACAAUAAAAAACCACCCACAGUGAAUAUGGCAAGCCAAGAAAGAAACACUAGCCCAACAAUCGACACCUUAGUACCAACAACACCACAAACAUUUGGAUCUUUACCUUAUAUUCCAUUCUUAACACCAAAACUUCUCAAAUUAUUUAAAGGACUCGAAAACAUAAAAAUUGCUACCAGAAACGUUAAAACUAUAGCACAUUUAUACACCAAAACUAAAGAUCCACUUACGACUAAGGAAAGUUCAAAAGUUGUGUAUCAAAUACCUUGCUCAGACUGCGAUAAGGUUUAUAUAGGAGAAACAUCUCGGACAUUACACAGCAGAAUAAUUUCCCACAGAAGUGAUAUUAAUACAAAAAAAUCGCAAGCUUGUGCAUUAGCAGAUCACUCAAUUAAUCUAAAUCAUACAUUUAAUUUUUCACAAGCGUCAAUCUUAGAGAGGGUGAAAAAUGAACAGAAAAGGUUAUUUGUAGAAAUGACACACAUCCAGAAAAAUAGAAAAUGUAUAAAUAGAAAGUCAGAUAUAGACAAAUUAAGUAACAUUUAUUGUUACAUAUUAGCAUAUCAACAAACAUUUGACACAACAUCAUAAUCUGAUUUUCUAUCGUACAUUCCACCAUUAAAAAUUCAUUUUAUGCUGGUAGACACAUUGACUGGACUAAUUUACUUUACAUCAAUCAAAUUAAUAACUGUAAUUAUAAAAAAAACUAUUGUUACUGGUUUUGCUUUCCUUCUAAAGAAAUGGUAUACACUUCAUACAUGUUGAACAACGAACCAUGGACACAACAUAAUGUAAUAGAUUGACUAAAAUUAUUUAAAUAUUUUAAUAUGUGUGUGAUUGUCCUUCUAGUAAAGUUUCAACUUUUUCAACCAAUCUCAACGACUAAUGUCUUGAAAAAGAAUUAAAUAUAAUUCGAAAGCUUGACAGUAAGUCAAAGAGUUUUCUUUGUCUUGUGGGCCAAAUAAACUGACUGCAUCCUCAAGAGUCACUACUUGAUAUAUAAAUCUACAG